AUGUACACGUGCUUGUGGCAGGUGCUGUUGGCAGCGGCAGUCUGCACGAAAGCAGGAAAAGCCAUCGUUUCUCGGCAGUUUGUGGAGAUGACCCGAACUCGGAUUGAGGGUUUGUUAGCAGCUUUUCCAAAGCUCAUGAACACUGGAAAACAGCAUACAUUUGUUGAAACAGAGAGUGUAAGAUAUGUCUACCAGCCUAUGGAGAAACUGUACAUGGUCCUGAUCACUACCAAAAACAGCAACAUUUUAGAAGAUCUGGAAACCCUGAGGCUCUUCUCGAGAGUGAUCCCUGAAUAUUGCCGAGCCUUAGAAGAGAAUGAAAUAUCAGAGCACUGCUUUGAUUUGAUUUUUGCUUUUGAUGAAAUUGUCGCCCUGGGAUACCGAGAGAAUGUGAACCUGGCACAGAUCAGAACUUUCACAGAGAUGGAUUCUCAUGAAGAGAAGGUGUUCAGAGCAGUCAGAGAGACUCAAGAACGGGAAGCCAAGGCUGAGAUGCGGCGUAAAGCCAAGGAAUUACAGCAGGCCCGAAGAGAUGCAGAAAGAAUGGGCAAAAAAGCACCAGGGUUUGGGGGUUUUGGAAGCUCUGCAGUAUCUGGAGGCAGCACAGCUGCUAUGAUCACAGAAACCAUCAUUGAAACUGAAAAACCAAAAUUGGCACCUACACCGGCCAGGCCUUCAGGCCCCAGCAAGGCUUUGAAACUUGGAGCCAAAGGAAAAGAAGUAGAUAACUUUGUGGACAAAUUGAAAUCCGAGGGUGAAACUGUCAUGUCCUCCAAUAUGGGCAAGCGUACCUCUGAAGCAACCAAAGUGCAUGCUCCGCCUGUUCAUAUGGAAAGUGUGCAUAUGAAGAUUGAGGAAAAGAUCACACUGACCUGCGGAAGAGAUGGUGGAUUACAGAACAUGGAGCUGCAUGGCAUGAUCAUGCUUAGGAUCUCAGAUGAUAAAUUUGGCCGAAUUCGUCUUCAUGUGGAAAAUGAAGACAAGAAAGGGGUGCAGCUACAGACCCAUCCAAAUGUGGAUAAAAAACUUUUUACUGCAGAAUCUUUAAUUGGUUUGAAGAAUCCAGAGAAGUCAUUUCCGGUCAACAGCGAUGUAGGAGUGUUAAAAUGGAGACUACAAACCACAGAGGAGUCUUUUAUUCCACUGACGAUUAAUUGCUGGCCCUCGGAAAGUGGAAAUGGCUGUGAUGUCAACAUAGAGUAUGAGCUACAAGAAGAUAGUUUAGAACUAAAUGAUGUGAUUAUCACCAUCCCACUCCCGUCUGGUGUUGGAGCACCUGUGAUUGGUGAGAUCGAUGGCGAGUAUCGACAUGACAGUCGACGAAACACGUUGGAGUGGUGCCUGCCAGUGAUUGAUGCCAAAAAUAAGAGUGGCAGCUUGGAGUUCAGCAUCGCCGGGCAGCCCAAUGACUUCUUUCCUGUUCAAGUUUCCUUCAUCUCCAAAAAAAAUUACUGCAACAUCCAGGUUACCAAAGUGACCCAAGUAGAUGGAAACAGCCCUGUAAGAUUUUCCAUGGAGACCACUUUCCUCGUGGAUAAGUACGAAAUCCUGUAAUACCAAGAAGAGGAGACUAGAGGGAAAUUUUUCAAGUUCACAAUGAACAAGCCAACCGUUGGCUGAAGAGUUUUUUUUCCAAAUCUACAAGCCAUUGGAGCCCCCUUUUUCUGAUAUCAUGCACGAUUCUCUACGCGCAAGGACCCUCAACUCACCCCAGGGUUUCAGUGUCACAGGGACAUUCUGUGGCAAAGAGAUGACACAACAAAGGGAAAGGCUCCUGAUUUCUUUGGCAGAUUUCACUGGCAGCAGGAAGGCAAGCGCUGCAGACAGUGACCCAGUUUGGCACCUUCUUAGCCUUCACCGAAGCGGUCCUUUGUUUAAUCCCUAAAUAUGGUUCUAGUCAUACUUUGUUUUUUCAAUUUUUUUCUGAAGGUUUUAGACUUUCGUGUAUUUUUUCUUUACCUGUAGUAGUUUUGGGGAAUUCUACCCCCACUCCAGCCCCACCCCUUCUUUUUAUUCAAUUAAGCAAUGGGAUCUUCUAUACUUAGGCAGGCACUCUAGGAAACAAAUCAACCUAGUCCAUUCUUGAUUGUUGGACUAAACAGGUAGACAGACUCCUUUAAGGAAUAGGGAACUCCGAAGUUGAAAGAUGAGGAUAUCUUCUGUCCUUUUCCCAUGUCCCUCUGUGUCUCUCCCCCCGCCCCCCCAAUUCCUUUCCCACGUUUUCCUUUAGUUAGAGCAUCACUGUGAACCUGCUGUGUCUAGGAACGGACGAGAGCUGAAAGACUGCUUUCUGAUGACACAGCCCCACUUCCAGAUGCCUGGGAGAAGGAGGGUGAUGGUUAGAGAUGCCAUAUUCACAGGUUAAAAAUCAUGUUUCCUGCUGGUGCUACCCAAGCUUCUCGCUCUGCCUACUUCACGGAAGACAUACUAGCUCCGUCUUCCUGAUGUAUUCACACUCUUCACGUUCACCACCUCCCUGCUCUAGGUGUCAUCAUUCCUGUCCUUUCCUGUUCGAGACAAGGUUAUGUGAUUUUGAAGAAUGGGGGUUCAGUUGGUCUUUUUGACAAUUCUAUUGCUCGUGAAGUAUUGCAGAGACUCCAUUUCCACCACCAGGGUUUUAGCAUUUCAGAAGGCAGCUAACUACUGGUAUUUGGGGGUUGCAUAUAUGUCUAUACCCCACUUCUUAAAGACUGCCCAACAAUUUUCACCAGUCCUCUGCCCUGUUUUCUCUCAGCCUUUCAUUUUGAGGGUUAACAUGUAGCAGUGGUUUCUUAGCUGUAGCUCAUCCAUUACUUUUCGGUGGAGAAGACAAACAGCCUGCCCAGGGUUGGCUUUUUUUUUUCCCCAGCGUUGGCUUUUAACCCAGCACUGCACUCCAUAGGGUUGGCAAAGAUCUGCUGUCAGACUGUAGCCCUUGGUGGCAGAAGGAAAGAGGACUUGCUGCGCAUUCAGCUGGUUAGAGUACUGCUCUGUGCUGAAUACUGCCUGGCCUCCCUGCAGAGGACUGCGCUGAUGCAGAGCCACCAGCCACACCACACUAAUAAUGGCCAUGGAUGGAAAUGUUUGCCAAAGAAAUCUCUAGCCUUUCUCUUUCCCCUCGCUAUCAGGGAAGAAUUCUUAUCUGUAACUUGGUUUCCACAUGCAGUUCUUCUGAGGAAGGAAGGGUACUGGGACAAGAAACCUGUCCUGGAAUUCAGCAGGCAGGAAAUCGUAUUAAUCCAGUUUUGUUUUUUUGCAAGUCUAUGAUUUUUAAAAUGUCCAAGUUUAGUUUCACAAAAACUUUUUUUUUCCCCCCUGAAAUUUCUUUUGGGGUAAUAUUUAAAAUGAGAGACAUUUUGUAACCCUGUAAAAAACAUAGGGAAUAUAACAUUCCAUUGUACACGAAGAAGGUAAAUUCUUUAAUCAAAUAAAGAGUAUUAUAAAAUGA